AUGGGCAGCCGCCCGCAGUCCCCGACGGGGACAGGUCCUCUGGACCUAGCUAUGCCUCGGCCUAGUCGCCGGCGGGACUCUUUGCGGAGCAGCGUGAGCGUGGUGUCCGACGUCGAGAUGGCCCGUAACGAGGUUUUCGACGGCCCCAUCUCCGAAAGCAUCCCAUCCAGUGUUGUCUCAUUUUUGCAUCGCCGUGGCCGAGCUGGAUCCACGGUGAGUUUCACAUACUUCCAGGAUGAGGAGGACUUUGCAGAAUGGUCCAAUGAAGAUGCGGUGGAUGUGGACAGCGAUAUCGAGGCAUCAUCGCCAGAUGGUCUAGAUGGAGGAGAUCUCGAGUCCCACCGAGGCUCUUUCGUCUCUAAGAGACUCUCUCAAGAUUCGGUUGAACAUCCUCUGCUCUCGCGAUAUCUCUCGGCAAGCUCAUACGGCCGGGAUAGAAGGACGGGCGGUAGGCUCAAUCAAAAAGUGUAUAUUGCCUCGGAGGAUCUUACUGCUGUCUUUGCUGGGUUCUCGACGAGCCCGAGUGGAUAUGCCCUUUACCUAGCCCUGUGCCUUCUUACUGGCGGACUUGCCUAUCUGCUAUUCCGAUGGCUCCCACGUUGGCGAGUCCGGCUGAUCGGAAAGGCAACACACCUGGGGAAAUGUCAAUGGAUUGCAAUCGAAGACCAAUGGAACCAGUUCACAAUUCAUCAGAUUGAUAAUCAAUCUUAUGGGCGCCCGUUGUCGACAGUAUUCGUAGAUCCCCCGGGGCAUGUCUACGAUGAAGACACCGAUCCAACGAUGGCACAUCUGCGGUUCCUUGACUACAGACAUAUGCGCUUCUGUUACCACCCAACAGAGGAUAAGUUUGCCUUGAUCAGCGGCUGGAAGGAUCCCUCAUGGACCAAUGCGAAGGUUAUGCGAGCGGGUCUCGAUGCCGAUGAGCGUGACAGCAGAGAGCAGAUCUUUGGCCAGAAUGUCAUUGAUAUCCAGCAGAAGACCGUUCCCGAGCUCUUGGUUGACGAGGCUUUUCAUCCGUUCUACAUGUUCCAAGUAGCCAGCCUGUUGCUUUGGUCCAUGGAUGAAUAUUACUACUACGCCGUGUGCAUUUUCCUUAUCUCUGUUUUCAGCAUUGCGACCACCGUUUUGGAGACGAGAUCGACGAUGCGUCGCCUGAGAGAGAUUUCCCUCUUCGACUGUGAUGUUCGUGUUCUCAGAAAUGGAUUUUGGAGAUCUGUUUCCUCUCAGGACCUGGUGCCUGGAGAUGUCUUUGAGUUCUCUGAUCCCUCUUUGAACCAAGUCCCGUGUGAUUGUAUCUUGUUGUCGGGCGACUGUAUCGUGAACGAAAGCAUGCUUACUGGCGAAUCCGUUCCUGUGUCUAAGAUCCCGCUCACCGACGAUGAUCUAAAGUAUCUCGACCUGAGUGCUCCUUCUAUCCAUCCCAAUGUUGCGAAGCACUUCCUCUUCAGUGGAACCAAGGUUAUUCGUGCUCGCCGACCUCAGCACGUGGAUGACGAUGAGGCUGUUGCGUUGGCAGUCGUCGUUAGAACAGGUUUCUUGACGACCAAGGGUGCACUGGUUCGCUCAAUGCUUUUUCCAAAACCCUCGGGCUUCAAGUUUUACCGAGAUUCGUUCCGCUAUAUUGCCGUCAUGGGAGUGGUUGCCCUUCUCGGUUUCAUUGCGUCCUUUAUUAACUUCGUCCGACUUGGUCUUGCAUGGCAUCUGAUUAUCGUCCGAGCACUCGAUCUCAUUACGAUUGUGGUUCCACCCGCUCUCCCUGCGACUCUCACUAUUGGCACGAACUUUGCUCUUUCCCGUCUGAAGAAGCAAUCGAUCUUCUGUAUCAGCCCGCAGAAGGUCAACGUGGGUGGAAAGCUAGAUGUUGUCUGUUUCGAUAAGACUGGCACCCUCACAGAGGAUGGGCUUGAUGUUCUUGGUGCGCGAACGGUUGGAAAAAACCACAGGUUCUCUGGACUUUUGUCUGAAACGUCCUCUGGCAUUCUACUCCCUCCGCUCGAUGGAGAUUCUCCUUUUGAUAUUGAAAAGCAGCGGAAAAUUGUCUACACCAUGGCGACAUGUCACUCUCUUCGUGUUGUGGAUGGUGAACUACUUGGCGACCCUCUCGAUGUGAAGAUGUUCCAAUUCACAGGAUGGUCAUACGAGGAGGGCGGUGGCCAUGCCUCCGAGCAGACAAGCCCCAAAUUCGACAACAUCAUUCCAUCAGUUGCGAAGCCUCCGGUGACUCACGGUGGUGACAGUCAACCGAAUGGGCCGAAUAUUCCCGUCGAACUUGGAAUCCUUCGAAGCUUCGAAUUCGUCUCACAGCUUCGCCGUGCUAGUGUGGUUGUUCGACAGUUUGGUGACAAUGGUGUAAACUUCUUUGUCAAAGGUGCACCCGAGAGUAUCAGGGACAUCUGUAUUCCCGAGUCCCUUCCCUCAGAUUAUGAUGAGCUAUUGAACUAUUAUACGCACAAGGGAUACCGCGUGAUUGCCUGUGCCACCAGAUACGAGCGCAAACUCAGCUGGAUGAAAGUACAGAAGUUGACACGCACUGAGGCUGAAAGCAACCUGGAAUUUGCAGGCUUUAUUAUCUUCGAGAACAAGCUGAAGAGCACUACGACCGAUGUUAUUACUGAGCUCAACCAGGCUGGUAUUCGAAAUGCCAUGUGCACGGGCGACAACAUCUUGACUGCGAUCAGUGUGGCUCGCGAAUGCAAGAUGGUUGGCCCUAAUGAACAGUGCUUCAUCCCACACUUUAUUGAAGAACCCGGUCUUGUUACCAAGACUUCUCUUGUCUGGGAAAGUGUGGAUGAUCCGGAUCUCAGACUGGAUCCGAGAACGCUUCUGCCUAUGGAUACCACCGCAGAAGCCGAUGUGUCAGUCCCUGGCAAUGCCCUGCACCAGCGUAAUUACUGCAUUGCUGUCACGGGUGAUGUGUUCCGGUGGAUGAUUGACUUUGAAAAUGAGGAUGUGCUCAACAGGAUGCUUGUGAUUGGUAAAGUGUUUGCCCGGAUGUCACCAGAUGAAAAGCAUGAACUCGUCGAAAAGCUCCAAUCCAUUGAUUACUGCUGUGGUUUCUGUGGAGACGGUGCAAAUGACUGUGGUGCUCUGAAAGCCGCAGAUGUUGGCAUCUCUCUAUCAGACGCGGAAGCCUCCGUGGCUGCACCUUUCACCAGCCGACAAUUUGACAUUUCUUGCGUUCCAAAGUUGAUCCGCGAGGGACGAGCCGCCUUGACGACUAGCUUCUGCUGUUUCAAGUUCAUGAGUCUGUAUUCCGCCAUUCAGUUCUCAACUGUCAGCUUCCUCUAUACGUCGGGAUCCAACCUUGGUGACUUCCAGUUCCUUUUCAUCGAUCUGGCUCUCAUCAUGCCCAUUGCCAUCUUCAUGGGCUGGACGGGACCAUACCCUACCCUUUCUCGCAAGAAGCCGACCGCGGAUCUCGUCUCACGGAAGGUCCUAACACCUUUGUUGGGUCAGAUUGCCAUGGUGGUCUUGGGGCAGCUGGUCAUUUUCAAGACUGUCCAAUUGCAACCCUGGUAUCUACCUCCCCAACUCGACAAGGACCAGAGCAAUAUUGUGAAUUCGCAGAACACAGCCCUGUUCCUGUUCUCCUGCUUCCAGUACAUCCUGACUAGCGUUGUCCUCAGCGUUGGGCCGCCGUUCCGGCAGCCAAUGACCCAAAAUGCUCCUUACCUGUGUACCAUUCUCAUUGACCUUGGAAUUGCGGGCUACAUGCUCUUCCGGCCCUCCGAGUGGGUUGCGAGCGUGAUGGAGUUGACCUUCAUGUCAGACGGAUUCCGCAGCUGGGUUGUGGCAUUGGCCCUUGGGGCAUUUGCGCUUGCCUGGACGGCUGAGACAAUUGUGUUCCCUCGUCUGGCUCGCAUCCUUGGUCACAUCCGCACUCGCCUGCAGCCUAAUUACCGCAAAAAGCGCCGCCAGUACAAGGUUCUACUGGAGCAGAUGCGCCAGUGA